CCGCUCAUCUACAGGGUAUAACAGCGUCGGAAUGGCUACACGAGAAGCCAGACCAGCUCGACAGGCGGAGCCACGUAGCACGGGAAGCGCAGGUCGCCAGGUUGUCUGGACUUUGCUUGCGUCCGCCGUUGCAGGCCUUUCCACAUAUUACUCCGCAUUCUCCCGGCGUCCGAGUACAACAACUAUCUCUUCACUGCCAACCUCUUACGCUCUUUGCGCGGAGGGUUCGAGGAUCUAUACGGUCGAUGAGGCCAAGCCAGCAGUUGACUGUUUCUCGGUCGACAAGAACGUCAUCACAGCCACAGGAACGCUCGUGGAGGUUCAGGCACAUUGGGACGAGUACCAGAACGAUCUCAUACGCAAGUUCUACGGGAACGAGCCCAGUGCGAAGAAGCCGCUCCCUGUCUUCAAUGCUCCUGCUGGUUCCAUAGUCGUCCCAGGCCUCGCAGAUGCACACGCCCAUAUUGUACAAUAUGGUUUCAAGAUGCAGCUGCGCCUUGACGAGACGCGUACGCUCUCUGGGCUGCUCGACCUCCUGGAAGAAUAUGUUGCCUCCCAUCCCUCGGACCCGGAUACAUGGGUAGAGGCAAUGGGGUGGGACCAAACGCGGUGGACCGACACUGAUGGAUCAUUCCCCACCGCUGCAGAUCUAGCUUCUCGUCCUUCCCUAUCCUCACUUCCCAUCGCACUACACCGCGUCGAUGUACACGCCCUAUGGCUCUCUCCGCGAGCCAUCGCACUUACGAAAGCGCACCUCAACGGGACGUUCCCAAACUCCACCCCGGGCGGCGAGAUCAUCCGUGACUCCUCCACUGGGGAGCCAACUGGGAUCUUCGUCGACGCCGCCAUGUCUUUGGUGCCUAUUCCGAAAUGGUCAGAAUGGCAGAUGCGCGACUACGCAGAGCGGACUGUGAAGGAUGCCCUUGCGGUGGGGCUUACGAGCGUGCAUGACGCCGCCACUAGCUUGCAAGAGUUUGAACUGUUCAAGCAAAUGGAUGAGGACAAUGAGCUCCCCAUCCGGGUAUAUGCUAUGGCAGACUCCGACAGGCUGUCUCCUGAGGAAAGGAACGACAUCGAGAUCCACGACCCAAGCCCUGGCGCCCGCGUUCGCAUGCAUAGCGUGAAGCUCUUCACCGACGGCGCACUUGGCUCGUGGGGUGCUGCGCUGCUCGCCCCCUACUCCGACAAGCCAGACGCCCGCGGAUUGAUGCGCAUGCCAGAAGAGGAUCUGAACAAGCUGGUGCGCGAGUGGUGGGACAAGGGAUGGGGUGUCAACGUCCACGCAAUUGGCGAUCGUGCCAAUAGGGCCGUGCUGGACGCAUUCGAGAAGAUCUCGCAGGACCUUGGCUCGCAAGAGGGUGUUGCGAACAGAAGGCCGCGCAUCGAACAUUCACAGAUCAUGCGUCUGGAAGACUUAAAGAAGGCUGGCGAGCUGGGAGUUCUCUCGAGCGUGCAGCCCACACAUGCCACGAGCGACAUGUGGUAUGCUGAAACCCGCCUCGGAUCGGAGCGUAUCAAAGGCGCAUACGCAUACCAGACCCUCCUGCAAGCAUCUCGCGGUGGCGUUCUCCCCCUCGGAUCCGACUUCCCAGUAGAGGGCAUCAACCCUCUCCUCGGCUUCUACGCUGCUGUGGCGAGACUCGACACCGAGGGCAAAAGCCCCCACGGAGAAGGUGGAUGGUUCCCUGCGGAACGCCUCACACGCGCGCAGGCGCUCAAGGGCAUGACCCUCGACGCCGCGUACGCGUCAUUUGCCGAAGACACCCUGGGCUCGCUGGUCCCGGGAAAGCGCGCAGACUUCGUCAUCUUGGACCGUGAUAUCAUGGACACCAGCCAGCCAUUCAACGAGAUUCUGGAGACGAAGGUGAAAGCGACGGUGGUCGACGGCAAGGUGGCGUACGGUGGCAUAUAAGGGCACUGUGGCCACCAUCGAUUGGGUGUCUCUGUGGGCAAGGUGCGCGGUGUCUAGAUUCGGCGCUGUGG